AUGGACACCUGCAACUUAGAAAUUCUCGAUAUUUAUUCGAACUCGCGUUAUGUAAAAGAUUGUUUGGAGCGUUUUGAGAUUUGGUGUUUCACCCGCAAAAGUCUGGACGCCGAGAAGAAGACAGCACAUUUUCUGUCAGCUGUCGGGAAGGAAGCUUAUGCGAUGAUUAAAAAUUUGGCAUUCCCAGAGUCACCAAUACAACUGAAGUAUGAAGAACUCAAGGAUCUGUUACUAAAACACUUCGAGCCAGUCAACUUUGAAGCAACUGAGCGAGCGAAAUUCCAUUGCCUUGCUCGUGAUCCUAAUCAGUCUGUUCGAGGAUUCAUUCUUCAGUUGCAGACUCGGGCUGCAGGCUGUAAUUUCAAAGAUCAGCUUCAAACUCAGCUCCAUGAUAGACUUAUUGCUGGAAUUAACUGUUCUGAGCUACAGCAGCAGUUAUUGUUGAUUCCAAACUGCACAUUUCAAACCGCAAAGGUGGUCUUGGAACAAUAUCAGGAUGUACGUGCGGCCGUACGUGAGGAGCCAAAAGUAUUGUUCAGUCACAAUCGUGGGUCAGCGCUUGAAGCUCAACAGACGCGGCAGUUCAAAAGUGUCAACAAAGCUGGUAAUUACAGUCCGACGCCCACGCAAUCUGCAAAUAAUAACAUUCGCCACUGGAACCCUUGCAAAUCAUGCGGUAGGCGACACUCUCGACUAUCUCGUAAAUUUCGCAAUGCCAAGUGCCACAAGCGUGGUAAGUCUGGGUACCUCCAGUCUGUUUGUCGAGGCACACAUAACUGUGUGACACAUAACUUAGUCCCUGAUGCAUGCUUGCCUACCGACUUUUAG